AUGCAGCAGGUCUCCUUCAAUCUUAAGAGGUCCCGCUGCUUGAGAAUUAUCGCUUCAUCUUCCUCGCAACCUGCAUCCGCGCACCGUACCAAGGCGAGGGUCGAAGGUGCGCAGAUAGAUGUUGAUGAGGUUAGAUUCUUCAAGUUGAAAUGGAUUCUUAUGGGAUUUCCCCAAUUGGAAUGGAAUGUCUUAGAAAAAAUAGCAUGUGGAGCUUUUUGUUUCAGAUGGAUGAGGAGUUCAGCAGCAAAUGCACAAGCCAACUCAAGGCAGGUUCAUGCCAGCCAUGGGAACACUGAGGUGUUGAGCUUGAGGAAUAGUGGCACGGGAAAGAGAGCCGGCGAGCUCACAAGGAGAUCGUCGAAGACGGACAUCUGCGCCGUGUGCCUGGAUGGAUUUAGAGUGCAGCAGAAGGUCAUUUGGCUGCCUUGCGCUCACAGAUACCAUUCUAGCUGCGUCCUCCCCUGGCUUGCGGAUCACUCUCAUUGCCCAUAUUGUAGAACUGAAGUUCCUUCUUUGGAAUUGCGUUCUAGUAGUGUUCUUUGA